AUGCUCGACAAACUCAAAGCGAUGCAGGCCCUCGGGUCACUGAUGAAAAACAAAGAACAGCUCGCUGAAGCGGGCGAGCGUGUCAAAGCGAAGAUGGACGCGCUCCGCGUCGAUGGACAAGCCGGGGGCGGCGCGUGUAGAGCGAUCGUCAACGGCAAGAUGAAACUCAUCGACCUCACGCUCGAUCCCGCGCUGCUCGCAGGGAUGGCGGUUGACGAGAAAACCAAAGAACUCGCGACGGCGCUCAUCAAGGACGCGAUCAACGACGCGACCGAAAACGCACAGCGUCAGGUCCAGCAGAUCAUCGCGAAGGAAGCGGACGAUCUCGGACUCGGAGACAUGGCGCCCCAGCUCAGCGGACUGCUCAGUUAA